AGCCUCUUCUCCUGUACCUCCGUGCUGGAUUCCAUGCUCUUCAAGCCCUUCCCACUAUGUGACAGGAACGUCCAGAACAUUCUGCGGGAUGAGAUUGUUAAUCCGCUCCGAAAGACUGGCUUCGUCAGGGCUAGGAGUGUCAUGCACCUUAGGGAGCAACUAACUGAAAAGGGCCAGUGUUCAAGCUUUACCAACGCUGAGAAAGAUCCUGAGGAGUUCCUCAAUCUCAUCAUGCAUCAGAUCCUGGGAAUAGAACCACUCUUGAAAUUGCAGUCAGGAGACCGGGAGCAGGACUGUUACUGUUACCAGAUAUUUAUGGACAAACAGGAGGAUCUGGUGGUUCCUGAUGUGCAGCAGUUAGUGGAACAUUCCUUCCUGUCCUCUGAUCUGAAGCUAGUGGAGAUCCCAUCUUGCUUCAUUAUCCAAAUGCCACGUUUUGGGAAGGAUUAUAAAAUGUUCAGUAAAAUCAUUCCUUCCUUGGAGCUGGAUAUAACAGAUCUGCUGCUUGACA